GGUUCAGUUCGCUUGCCGCUGUAUAUGGUGUUGCCGGCUGGCAAGCACAGCGCCUCUCUGAUCUUCCUACAUGGUUCAGGUGACUCUGGACAAGGAUUGAGACAAUGGAUCAAGCAUGUUUUAACUCAAGAUUUAGCAUUCCCACAUAUAAAAAUUAUUUAUCCAACUGCUCCUUCCAGAUUUAAAAUAUCAAAUGACUGCCCAGAACAUCUUGAAUCAGUUGAUGAAAUGUGUCAAGUGCUUGCAGAUGUCAUUGAUGAUGAAGUAAAAAGCGGCAUCAAGAAAAACAGGAUAUUAGUAGGAGGAUUUUCUAUGGGAGGAUGCAUGGCAAUGCAUUUAGCAUAUAGAAAGCAUCAGGAUGUGGCGGGAGUAUUUGCUCUUUCCAGUUUUCUGAAUAAAACAUCUGCUGUUUACCAGGCUCUUCAGAAAACUGAUGGUGUGCUUCCUGAAUUAUUUCAGUGUCAUGGGACUGCGGAUGAGCUAGUUCUUUAUUCUUGGGCUGAAGAGACAAACUCGGUGUUACAAUCUCUAGGAGUGAGCACACAAUUUCAUAGCUUCCCAGGCGUCCACCAUGACAUGAGCAAAACUGAGCUGGAGAAACUGAAGGCAUGGAUUCUUAGCAAGCUACCAGGAGACAUGGAAAGGCAAAAUGAAUGA